AGCUGGGCUAUGUAGCUGACGAUUAUUCUCUAGUUCUCCUGGGAGGUUAAUCAUCUAUGUCGCCUCUGUUCGAGAACUCACACUAACUACACUGUGGAUUGGUGGUCGUCUGUGAAGCUGUCGACCUUGCAUGUCGCUUGAGACCUAGUCUUUGCUGGCUCCCCCUUUCACCACCUCCCAGGGCCUCCCAGCCUCCCUGAGGCAACCAGGCUGAGCAUGACGUGGACGACGCAUUUUAUCUCCGCCCUAGUAUCUGCUCAUGGCCAGUCCCCUCCGACGCAACCACCGUGUCCCUCACUGUGUGCGCACAGGUCCCCUCAGAUGCCAGCAUCUCAGCAGCACCACGGCCUGGCCAUAAAGUAUCUCUCAUCAAAGAACCUAUUCCCUCAACAGAGACGGACAACUAUUCCCUGUCGGCCAGGCAAUCCCGCUCUCCCCCACCCCCACUGCUCCCCCUCGCCUCUCCAUCGUUUCUCUCUCUCUGCAUCUCUCUAUCUCCCCCAUCUCCCCACCACCACUGGUCGUAACCCCCCAUGGCACCGCCCUCCCCGCACACCCCCGCCGCCCCGGGCCCAGCCCGGCCCCCCCUCGACCCCGGCGGCGCGCUGGACCCGACGGUGCCGCCGGGGCUAGUGCGGGUGGGGGCGAGCGUGCUGCCGGGGCUGGACGGGCGGGUCCUCGCGCCGUGCCGGCCGGCGGCGAUCCGGGCGGCGGCGGCGACGCUGCGGCACGGGCUGCGGCGGCGGACGCGGGUGCUGGGGCAGCGGCGGCCGCGCGCCGCGUACCGGGGGCCGAGCGCGCGCAGCUGGUGGCGCGCGGCGUCGCCGGCGGGGCUGCUGCGCGGCGCGUACGCGGUCUGGGCGCGCGCCGCGCCCGGCGCCCGGCCCUGGGACCUCGGCCGCGCGCUGCUGCCCGCCCUCGCCGGCCGCGCCGCCGCCCUCGACGCCCUCGCCGCCUGCCCCCUCGGCGCCGCCCCCCGCGCCCCCGCCGGCCGCCGCGCCUUCUGGGCCGUCAAGCUCCGCUUCGACCUCCUCGUCGCCCGCAUCCUCGAGGCCGAGCACACCGGCGUCUUGCGCCCCUUGCCCCCUCAUGUACCGCCGGCGGUCCAGAGCAGCGACGGCGCCGCAGGCGCAAGACUCCUGACGCUCGACAGACUAGUCGACGUGCACGAGCGCACAGCCGCGGACUUCCUCGGUCACAUGCGACGUGAGGGCACGACGAAUGGUAACAGAGCGAGUACUUGGGGCCCGGAUGUUAACUGGGCGGCCGUCUAUGGUGUCGACCAGCAGGACUGGGUCGCUGUCCCAUAG